AUGAACAUUAUCACAAAGGUAUAUAAUUUUAUAGUAGACAUAGAGAACACAAGAAAAAAAAAAAAAAAAAAAAAAAAAUACAGAUUAAACAAUAUGGCUGAUGUAGAAGAAACUGAAGUCAAUCCUUUUCAAAAGAGGGAUACAAUAGAUAAAGAAGUAAUAUCAGUACAAAAGAGAACUAUAGAUAAAAUCAAUAAUACUAAUAUUAUCAAUGAUGAUGGUGACGUAUCAAAACAGGAAUUAGCAACUUCAACUACAGACAAACAAUAUACUGCUCACAAAAGAAGGAAGAGAAAAACAGGAGUAGCUUGUCUUUAUUGCAGAAGGUCUCAUGUUUUAUGCAAUGAUGAGAGACCUUGCGCAAGAUGUAUUAAAAGGGGUAUACAACACUUGUGUCAUGAUGAAAAUAUAACAGCAAGUGGCAAUAGGAAAAAUGAUGCUGUAACAAAUAUGAGUGAUAUAAUAAAACCACACACAUCAAGGGUUACUAAUGCGGAUUUCACGGAUAAAAACAGGUCUACACCAUCUUUACAACAAAAUCUGAAUAUACAACCUGUUCCGACACAUCUACAAGAAAUGCUGCAUAUUCCGGAUAAUUCUCAUAAAACUAUUGGUAUUUCAGGUUCUACAAAUACUAUUCCUACCAAUGCUACCUCCACUACUACUACUAAUAAUAAUAAUAACCAUAAUAAAUCUUUAAAUUUUAUAAAUCAACCCAUUUUUAUAUCAGAACACGUUGGAUCGGAAUUCAGUUCAUUAAAUGAAUUUUUAACAAUGCUAGAAAAUCCUCUGUUAUUGGCACAAUCUGAUGUAUUAGGUAAUAUACAACCCGAUGAAAACAAUACUGGUACUGUUAGUAAUACUAAUCUUAUAGAUCAUGCAGAUCUGAACCAUAUUGUCGGUUUAAAUGCUCAAACUGACAACGCAAUUGUUGGUAUGGAAAACAGCCAUAACACUUUAAAUAGCAUUCCAUCAGCUUCCAUAUCGAGUCGUUUGCAUUCAAUAUCUGGUUUGGAAAAUAAUAACAUGAAUACUUCUAAUGCUUUACCCUCGCAUAUAAUUUCUAAACCAAUGGUUCCGUCAAAGAGUACCACUACGCACAAUGUUAGUACAUAUAAUCAAAAUUCAACAACUCCAAAGGAAAAUUUUUUUUUAACCGCAGCAGACCCUUCAAUGGAGAUGUCUCCUGAAGAAAGGUUAAAACAAGUGAUUAAUGCCAAAUUGGAUGCUGGUUUAUUAAGACCCUACAAUUAUGCACAGGGAUAUGCUAGAUUACAAAGUUAUAUGGAUAAAUAUAUGAAUACAAGUUCUAAAAGUAGAAUUUUAAAACCAUUAUCCAUAAUCCGCCCAGCAUUUAGGGCUAUUGCACGUGGACUAAAGGAUGUUGAUUUGAUCUUAGUUGAGGAGUGUUUUGAACGUAUGCUAUUGAGUUAUGAACGUGUAUUUACAUCGAUGAGUAUGCCUGCUUGUCUUUGGCGGAGAACCGGUGAAAUAUAUCGAGGAAAUAAAGAAUUUGCAUCAUUAGUUAGUUGUACCGUUGACGAUUUGAGAGAUGGUAAAUUAGCUAUCUAUGAACUAAUGACCCAAGAGAGUGCUGUUAAUUUUUGGGAAAAAUAUGGUUCCAUAGCAUUUGAUAAGGGACAAAAGGCAGUUUUAACAAGUUGUAACUUACGUACUAAAAACGGUGUUCGAAAAAGACCGUGCUGCUUUAGCUUUACGAUUAGAAGAGAUCGUUAUAAUAUUCCAAUUUGUAUUGUGGGUAACUUUAUCCCAAUAUCUUGA